AAUCACAGAAUGGACUUCUGGAACCUAGCAAUCAUAAUUAUUUUCUUAUCACAAACUACAACUGGAAUUAUGGGAAAUUUCUCUCUAAUUUUCUACUAUCUAUACCUUUACUGCAGAGAAUGGACAUUAAAGCCCACAGACUUGAUUCUCAUGAAUAUAAUGGCAGCCAAUGCCUUGGUCAUUCUCUCUGCAGGAGUGCCCCAAACAAUGGCAUUAUUGGGAUUUAAGUAUUUCUUGAGUAAUUUUGGAUGCAAGCUUCUAGUAUAUAUUCAAGGACUUGGUAGGAGUGUGUCCAUUGGCACCACUUGCCUCUUGAGUAUCUUUCAGGCCUUGACCAUUAGUCCCAGGAAGUCCUGUUGGAAGGAUCAUAAAUUCAAAGUAGAGAAGAACAUCAGCUGCCAUCUUUCCCUCCUCUGGAUCAUGUACAUGUUCAUAAAUUUCAUUUAUUUUGCAUACACACUUGUCAAUAGGAAUAGCAAAAAUGUGACAAGAAAACGAGAUUAUGAAUAUUGCUCCCUUGUAGAGUGCGAUGAAAUUGGUAGUUUACUCUAUGCAGCAUUGGUAGUGUGCCCUGAAGUCUUCUUUUCUGUGCUCAUGGCCUGGUCCAGUGGAUCCAUGACUAUUAUUCUUUACAGACACAAGCAGAGGGUUCAACACAUCCGCAGCACUCAUGUUUCCAUCAGAAACUCCCCUGAAUCCAGAAUAACCCAGAACAUUCUCACCCUAGUGAUUACCUUUCUUGCUUUUUACACUCUCUCCUCCAUCUUAAGAGGUUAUAUUACUCUUUUGUAUAAUAACAAUUGGUGGCUGGUGAACAUCAAUCGCUUCACUUCAUUGUGUUUUCCAUCAUUUGUCCCCUUUGUUCUCGUUAAUAAUUACUCUUUUGUAUCCAGGUUCAGUUUAGUCUGGAUAAGGAAUAAACAUCAUUUAUGCACAUUUUAA